GUGGUGGAAAGAUCUGAAUUUUGCAGAGCAAUUUCCAUAUGCAAGAGAUAGAUUGGUGGAGUGUCACUUUUAUACAGUGGGAAUCUACUUUGAGCCUCAAUAUAGUCGUGCAAGAGAAAUGAUGACAAAAGUACUAACCAUAUACACUGUUAUUGAUGACACUUAUGAUGCUUAUGCAACUUAUGAUGAACUUGUGCCUUUUACAGAUGCAAUCGAUAGAUGCGGAUGUGACAUUAGUGCCAUCGGUUCAGUAUUACGCAGUCUGAGACCUACUUAUCAAGCCCUUGUAGAUCUUUAUACUCAAAUAGAAGAAAAAUUUAUCAGAGAAGAUAAAUUGGACCGUCUCUGCUAUGCAAAAUAUGAGAUGAAAAAGUUGGCUAGAGCGUUUUUCAAGGAAGCAGAAUGGUUAAAUGCUGGCUAUAUUCCAAAUUGUGAGGACUAUAUGAAGAAUGCAACUGUAACUACUACAUGUAUGAUGGUUGCAACAAUUUCCUUGAGUUUUAUGGAGGAAUCUAUAGCCAAAGAGGCUUUUGAAUGGAUGAUUAAUGAGCCUUUAAUUCUUAAAGCUUCAUCAACAAUCAACAGAUUAAAGGGCGAUUGUAUUGGACAUAAUGUGAGUACUACACUAUAUUUAAUUUUUAGUUCGCAUCUUUUUCCUGGAAGGAGAACCUUAGCGUAACUGUUAAAGUUACUGCCGUAUAGCCAGGAGGUCACAGGUU